AUGGCAGCCGGCGAGGAGAAACAGCACCUGCUGAGCGAGGGUGCAGGCGGGUCCUACCUGGGGGCUGCACAAAAGAACGGGCACAACUCGGUGCCGGGACAGGCACCCGCCCUGGAGCUGGGGGCACGGCGCAGCCGGCACUGCCACGCACGGGGGGCUGCCGGCCACCCAGGCCAGCAGCAGCGGGCGCGCAGGAAGCUCUACCUGGCUGCCGGCAUCUGCCUCGUCUUCAUGGUGGGGGAAGCCGUGGAGAUCCUGGGGGCCCUGCUCUCCGUGCUCUCCAUCUGGGUGGUGACGGGCGUCCUGGUCUACCUGGCGGCCCAACGCCUGCUCUCGGCUGACUACAACAUCGAGGGCGGCGUCAUGCUCAUCACCUCCGCCUGCGCCGUGGCCGUCAACAUCGUGAUGGGGGCGGCUCUGCACCAGACGGGGCACGGGCACAGCCAUGGAGCGGCCGGUGAGCAGCCCAACGCCAGCGUCCGCGCUGCCUUCGUCCACGUCGUGGGGGACCUGCUGCAGAGCGUCGGCGUCCUCAUCGCGUCCUACAUCAUCUUCUUUAAGCCCGAGUACAAGUAUGUGGAUCCCAUCUGCACCUUCCUCUUCUCCGCGCUGGUGCUGGGGACGACGCUGACCAUCCUCCGCGACGUCGUCCUCGUCCUCAUGGAGGGCACCCCAAAAGGGAUGGAUUUCAACGCCGUGCGGGAGACGCUGCUGGCAGUGGCGGGGGUGGAGGCCGUGCACAGCCUCCACAUCUGGGCGCUGACGGCGGCGCAGCCGCUGCUCUCGGUGCACAUCGCCAUCAACGCGGGUGCCAGCGCGCAGGAGGUGCUGGAGGAGGCCAGCUCCCGGCUGCAGGGCACCUUCCGCUUCCACACCACCACCAUCCAAGUGGAGAGCUACUCCGAGGAGAUGCGGGACUGCCGGGAGUGCCAGCCCCCCCGCGACUGAACCCCCAACCCCCCGGCAGCCCCCUCGUGACCCGG